AGAAAAGAAAGAGGAAAGAAAGGAACAGUGUGUGCGUGGGUAUUUGGCUUUUGAACGAAUGCGUUAUUUGCUGCUCUUUGCUGGUCGAGAUGAGAAGCUGAAUCUAGGAAAUUGGAAAUGUUGGCCAAAUUUGAAUCGAAGAGUGCUCGCGUGAAGGGCCUCGCUUUUCAUCCGCACCGUCCCUGGGUCUUGUCGAGCCUGCACAAUGGAAAUAUCCAACUUUGGGAUUAUCGUAUGUGCACACUGAUUGAGCGGUUUGAUGAGCAUGACGGACCUGUUCGUGGAGUUGAUUUUCACCGCGACCAGCCACUGUUUGUUUCCGGAGGAGACGAUUACAAGGUCAAGGUCUGGAAUUACAAAGUGAAGAGAUGCUUGUUCACUCUCCUCGGUCAUUUGGAUUAUGUGCGAACGACCAAAUUCCACCAUGAGAGCCCAUGGAUCCUCAGUGCGUCUGAUGACCAGACGAUUCGCAUCUGGAACUGGCAAUCACGCACUUGCGCCUGUGUAAUGACUGGGCACAACCACUACGUCAUGUGUGCCGAUUUCCACCCCAAAGACGACUUGGUGGUGUCCGGCUCUCUUGAUCAGACUAUUCGCGUGUGGGACAUUUCUGGUCUGCGCCGAAAGAACUACUCACCAGGCAGCGGUGUAUCUGCCCCAUCCGUUCUGUCCAGCAAGCUCCCCACAUCGCCUGACCUGUUUGGCGUUACGGACGCGGUGGUGAAGCACGUCUUGGAAGGACACGAUCGUGGUGUGAACUGGGUGGCAUUCCAUCCCACUCUUGCUCUGAUUGUGUCCGCAGCAGACGACCGUAAUGUGAAGCUGUGGCGAAUGAACGAUGCAAGGGCAUGGGAAGUGGACACGUGCCGUGGACAUUUCAACAAUGUGUCUUGCUGCCUGUUUCACCCGCGCGAGGAGCUGAUUCUGAGUAACUCGGAAGACAAGACAGUGCGUGUCUGGGACAUGACCAAGCGCACAUGUAUGGCAACGUUCCGCCGCGAGAACGAGCGCUUCUGGGUGAUGGCCGCUCACCCCACUCUCAACCUGUUCGCAGCAGGUCACGAUGGCGGUAUGGUUGUUUUCAAGCUGGAGAGAGAACGACCUGCGUAUGCUGUGAUGGGCAACUCCUUGUUCUAUGUCAAGGACAAGCAAAUCCGCCACUGUGAGCUCGGCACCAGCAAGGAUGCAGUGGCUCUAACCAUGCGUCACGUCUCUUCCAUUCGGCCUUGCCACCUGUAUUCCAUGUCCUACAAUGCCAAGGAGAACGCCAUUCUGGUGUCGUCGCAGCCUGGUAAGGGCGAUGCAUUCUAUGAGCUCUACGCUGUGCCUAAGUCUGAUCCCGGAAGUGUCGAGCCGCGUAAGGCGAGUGGCCACAGUGCUGUCUGGGUGGCCCGUAACCGCUUUGCUGUGCUGCGCAACAACGAAAUUGUCAUCAAGAACUUGAAGAAUGAGACGACCAAGAGCCUCCCUGCUCCCGCCGGUACCGUGUCUAUGCACUUUGCCGGCACUGGUCAGGUGCUGCUGAGUGACGCCGAGUCGGUUACACUGUACGACGUGCACCAGAAGCAGUCCCUGGCUAAUGUCCGUAACAACAGGCUGCGUUAUGUAGUCUGGAGUGCCAACAUGGCGUAUGUUGCCCUGCUGACCAAGCACACCAUCACCAUCUGCUCGCGCAAGCUGGAGAGCCUGUGCACGGUGCAUGAGAACGUGCGCGUCAAGAGCGCUUGCUGGGACGAGAGUGGUGUGCUGGUGUACAACACGUCUAACCACAUCAAGUACUCUCUGACCAAUGGUGACCAUGGCAUCAUUCGUACUCUGGACGUGCCUAUCUAUCUGGCCUCCAUCAAGGGUACGAACGUCUACUGCCUGGACCGUCAGGGCAAGAUUCGCAUGCUGAACGUCGAUGUCACCGAGUUCAAGUUCAAGACGGCUCUCGUUCAGCGCAAGUACGACGAAGUCCUGCGCAUGGUCCGCACGGCCUCACUCGUCGGCCAGUCCAUCAUCUCGUAUCUGCAGAAGAAGGGCUAUCCAGAGGUGGCCUUGCAUUUCGUGAAGGACCCGCGCACUCGCCUGAACCUGGCGCUGGAGUGUGGCAAUCUGGAAGUGGCGCUAGAGGCUGCCAAGACGCUUGAUGACAACUCUGCAUGGGAUCGCCUAGGUGCCAUGGCUCUUGCACAGGGUAACCAUCAGGUGGUGGAAAUGGCCUACCAGCGCACCAAGAACUUUGACCGUCUCGCCUUCCUCUACCUGCUCACCGGCAACCAGGAGAAACUCGGCAAGAUGCAGAAGAUCGCUGAAGUACGCAAGGACACCAGCGGUCAGUUCCAGUAUGCACUAUACAGCGGCGAUGUGCAGGAACGUAUCCGUGUCCUCCGUUCCAUUGGUCAAGUUGCGCUAGCGUACAUGUCUGCCAAGACGGGUGGUUUCGACGAGGAAGCUGCACAGCUGGAAUCUGAGUACCCACACCUGCAGAACCUGUCGGCGUCCGGUGAAGCCUUGGUCCCGGAGCAACCGGUUGGCAGUUGUCCCCCAACAUGGCCUCUGUUGACUGUCAGCAAGACCAUCUUUGAAUCAGCCAUGGGUGGUGAUAUGCCGGCUGUGGACAUGGACGAAGAUGUUGGUGAUGCUUGGGGCGGUGAGGCUGACAUCGACCUUGACAAUCUCGACGACCCCAUGGCUGAGGCUGAUGCACCAGAGAUGGAGGGCACGGGCGAUGGCUGGAAUGUGGACGAUGACGACUUGGAUCUGCCUGAAGAUUUUGACGCAGGCCCAGUCGGAGAUAGCAUCGGUGGCUAUGUCCCCCCACAGCCAGCACCAAGCCAAGCCAAUGUUUGGGCUCACUCUCGGUUACCUGGUGAUCUUGCCUGUGCUGGUGCCCUGGAUGCCAUGUUUGGAAUCCUGAACACUCAGCUUGGUGUGGUCAACUUUGCGCCGCUGAAGCCAGUUGUCAUGUCACUGUUUGCACAGUCUCGCACUGCCCUUCAAGGCUUGCCCAACACACCCGGCUUGAAGGGCUUCCCACAUCGCAAUUGGCAAGAAGCAGGCGCCAGCAAGGGCCUGCCUGCGUACGGCCUGCGUUUGGACCAUCUGGCUGGCCGUGUUCAGUCUGCGUACCAGAUGACAACCGGUGGCAAGUUCAGCGAGGCAGUCGUUGUCUUCCGGUCUCUGCUUCUAUCCGCUGCCAUGCUCAGCGUUGACAAGCGCAAGGAUGUGGAGGAAGUGCGCCAGCUGAUCUCAGUAUGCAGGGAGUAUGUCCUUGGUCUGAUCAUGGAGGUCCACCGUAAAGACCUGCCCAAGGGUACUCUGGAUGAGCAGAAGCGUCUAUGCGAGCUUGCUGCCUAUUUCACCCACUUCAACCUUCAGCCCGUACAUCUGAUCCUGACACUGCGCACGGCUCUCAACCUGUUCUUCCGCCUAAAGAACUUCAAGACGGCAGCAUCAUUUGGCCGGCGCCUUCUUGAGCUUGGCCCCAAGCCGGAUGUCGCUCAGCAGGCUCGCCGCGUCCUGGCCGCGUGCGACAAGAACCUAACUGAUGCCCACCAGCUGCGCUACGACGAGCUCAACCCGUUCUCCGUGUGCGGCUACUCUUAUGUACCCAUCUACCGUGGCAAGGCGCAGGAGAAGUGCCCGCUGUGCCAGGCCGCCUACCUUCCCGAGCACAAGGGUAAGGUCUGCACUGUCUGCGAAGUCGCUGAAAUUGGCUGUGAUGUGUCGCAAUCACACCUCUCUGUAUAAACACACCGCUUCAUGCCUGCUACCACCCAUGCUUCUGAAACUUAUUCUGCCCGCUGACUUUCUCACCAUUUUCAUGUGUCAGUACGUUGUACGUCAUGUCGCGCGUGCAUCCGUGCUUAGGAACACAAGGCCCUGCAUUUUGCCUAUUCUCCCUUUUUUUUUAACCAAAACAUAAUAACAUUCAUGUAAUUUGAUCGAUGUCAUUGUGUUUGUACUUUGUACCAUACAUACAUACAUACAUACAUACAUACAUACAUACAUACAUAUACUGUUGGGUAUACAGGUGAUGCCAGUAUCCAAGAUUUUUUGAGAGAUUUUCGUACUGAAAUUGCGAGUGAAUGUGA